UUACUUUCUCAAUCUACCAUUCUGCACCGUGCACGUACCUCGUGCCUGUAGAAGUCAGCUGCUCUCGUGAUUAGUUUUGAAGCUAUUUUUUCGGGAGGAAGGUCGAAGCGGUUUUAGCUUUAAACAUUUCAAAACAAUGGAAACUGAAGAUUUGUAUUGGUUUUCGUUCAUCCUGGUGACGAUCGUUGGAUUCUUCACGUUCAAAUUGAUGACCAAGAAUAGGCAUUUCUUUCGGGUCAGAGGAGUUCCCUUCGAGAAGCCGCAUUUUAUCUACGGAAAUCUGGGUGAGGUAACAAGUGGUAAGCUUUCAAGCUUGGAACUGAUAGCGAGUUUCUACCAGAAGUUUGAGAAUGAAAGGAUUUUCGGAUUCUACAACUACCUCAGCCCGGUGUAUUACAUUCGGGAUCCGGAACUGAUUCGGAAACUGUGGAUUAACGAGUUCAACUCAUUCGCCAAUCAUGCCUACUUCCUGGACGAAAGCAAAGACCCUAUUCUGGGAAACCAACUGCAUCUGCUGAAGAAUGAAAAGUGGCGACAGAUGAGACAUACCCUAACGCCGGUGCUUUCUGGUCAAAGCGUUUCUUCUAUGAGUUCCCUGAUAAGAACCAAUUCACUAGACCUUGUAGAUCAUCUGAAAGCUUCCGUGGAUUCGGAACUAGAAUUCAAAGGCAUCUUCCUGAAGUACGUCUUCAAUGUAAUUGCAAACUGUGCCUUUGGUUUGGAAUUGAACACCUUCAAGGACGAGUCGGACAAGUUUUGUACUUACGGAACUGCACUGGUGUACGGGAACAACCCUGUUCAAACUCUGAAGACAAUGAUGUUCUAUCUCUUCCCGAAGAUGACGACCCAAAUGAAGGUCCGUCUGAUGGAAGAUGAACAUGCCGCGUACUUCACAAACCUUAUUGGCUCCACCAUCAGUGAAAGGGAGAAGAAAAACGUAAAUCGUGCGGAUGUGAUCCAAAUGCUACACCAAGCGAACAAAGGUGAACUAAAGGCUGAAGGCCAAGAUGACGAAGUCCUUCAGAUGAAGGACUUUUCCAAGUGCAAGUGGAACCAAGAAGAGCUAAUUGCACAAUGCAUCGCCUUCUUCGGAAGCGGUUUCGAACCACUGGUCAAUCUUCUUUCAUUUGCCGCUUACGAAUUGGCUGCAAAUCCAGACGUUCAACAGAAGUUACUAUCCGAACUCGAGGGUUCCCUCAGGGACGACCCGGUCGUUUCCGAUACCGUAGACAAACUACCAUACCUCAACAUGGUUAUCAGUGAAACGCUUCGCAAGUGGCCGGCAUCCCCUUCCUUGGACCGGGAGUGCUCCAAAGACUAUUUGCUAGAUGACGGAGGUUGCAGAGUUCAGUUCCGGAAGGGCGAUACCUUGUGGGUUUCCAUCUGGGCGUUGCAUCGCGAUGAACGGAAUUUCCCGGAACCGGAGCGAUUUGAUCCGGAACGGUUCAGCGAGAAAAAUAAGGCCAGCAUCACACCGGGCACCUACAUGCCUUACGGAGUUGGACCCAGAAAUUGCAUUGGAACGCGUUUGGCAUCCCUGGUGGCGAAGAUCACGUUGGUUGACCUUGUGAGAAACUUCAAACUUGAACUGGGCUCACGGAUGGUUCAGCCGUUGCGUUUGUCCAAGACUUCGUACUCCAUGGAACCAGAGGGCGGGUUUUGGCUCAAAAUGACGCCUCGAUGAUGGCGUACUUGCUACAAAUAGUUAAGAAUCGCGUUAGUAAAUAAUAAGUUUGAGAUUGUCAGAAGCGUACUUCGAUUUAAUACAAAUUUAUUUCGAACGUUUUUAGAUUAAAGUCUGAUUCACUGCUGACAA